CUCUGUCUCCGUCUGUAACUGUAGCCUGUGUUUUUCUCUCCCUCCCACUCCCUGCGACGUAUAGAUACUGCAUUGAUCAGACACACGCGCGCAGACACAUGCACACACACGCACACACUGAGCCUCCCACUCCUUUCAUCAUUGAUUCGCUCUGCUCUGCUCUGCUCCGCUCUCUUUUCUCUCUCUCCCCAUUCUCUUUCUCCCUCUCUCGCCGUCUCUCUCUCUCUACAGCGGCACUUGUUGAAUUCAACCCUUGGAGAAUAGAGAGAGGGGAGAGAAACAGAGAGAGAUAAUGACAGGGAGGCAGAGGGAGGCUUUGAGACAGCGCUCGAACAGACAGUGAGCAGAGAGAAUGGGGCUUUGGUGGAUCUAGAGAUAGAAGAUAGGCUGAGGGGAAGACAGUCAGAGGAAAAGUCAGUCAGACAGCACAGAGAAUCAUCUUUGAGACAGUGGGAAUGGCACUUUAAGUGAAAGAGAGAGUCGACCAGACGGAGUACAUCAGAGUGCUCUCCUUCCAUCUCUAACUACUCCUCUCCUGUCCCGACUGCUGCUGCUGCUGCUGCUGGUGUGUUAGUGUGUGCCAAGGCUCCAUGGUGUGUUUUAACCAGAGGACUGGCUUACACAGAUGCCUCUCUCAGCGGCAGAGUCUGCAGUGAAUAUCUGAAACCCCAUCAUCCUCUUCUUCCACGGCCAACAUGUCCCAGCUGCUCCAUGUGGAGAUCCCGAACUUUGGAGCCACAGUUCUGGGCUCCCUUAAUGAGCAGCGCCUGCUGGGACAUUACUGCGAUGUCUCCAUCCUGGUCAAAGGUCAGGCUUUCAAAGCCCACCGGGCCGUUUUGGCUGCCAGCAGCCUCUACUUUCGUGACCUCUUCAGCAGCUCCACCAAGAGCCAGUUCGAGUUGCCCUCCUCAGUCACACCUGCUUGCUUCGAGCAGAUCCUCACUUUCUGCUACACAGGGAAGCUAACCAUGGCAGCUAGCGAACAGCUGGUGGUCAUGUACACAGCUGGCUACCUCCAAAUUCAGCAUAUAGUCGAAAGAGGCAUGGACCUAAUGUUCAAGGCGAACUCACCUCACUGUGACUCGCAGACUGCGGGGUCUUUAGAGGAAACAGGAUCCGAACCACAGAGUCCUUGUAAUAAUGGUAACGGCCUAGCGGUGGCUGCCCUUUUGGGAACCCAGGGCUGGUCUUCAUCCAUACUCAUGCCGCAACGUAAGAUUAAACUAGAAGGGGGGGAGCCAACGCCCCUGACAGUACCCUCAACGCAAAGCAAGAUUUCAUCCUCGGAGCUGGGGAACCGGCUGAGGGCUAGUUCGCUGUUCUACACGACAGCUGGUGGGACUCCCAUUACUGGUAUGCCUCCUUUCCACCUCCAAGGGGCCGGUGGGGGUGGAACAGGAGGAGGAGGAGGAGGAGCUGAAAGGUCCAGUCCUGGCGCGUCCAGCCUGCCAACCACUGACAGCCCUACAUCCUACCAGAAUGAGGAUGAGGAGUUCGAGGAAGAGCCCUACGAUGGGAUCACAGAGGAUGCCUACAGUCAUCUCUAUGGACGUUCAGCUAACCCCUACGGGAUCCAGGACAAGCCAGAGAUGGCAGCGAUGCCCUUGGCCUUGGAGAGCCGCAACUGUGUGCUGAUCCGCAGGGACCUGGUGGCGCUGCCUGCAAGCCUCAUCAGCCAGAUAGGCUACCGCUGCCACCCUAAGCUCUACACUGAGGGGGACCCUGGGGAGAAGCUGGAAUUAGUAGCUGGUACACAGGUGUUCAUGACUCGAGGACAGCUGAUGAACUGUCAUCUAUGUGCCGGUAUCAAACACAAAGUCUUGCUUCGCCGUCUGCUAGCCACGUUCUUUGAUAGAAACACUUUAGCCAAUAGCUGUGGGACAGGCAUCCGUUCGUCUACUAGUGACCCCAGUAGGAAACCCCUGGACAGCAGGGUCCUCAACGCUGUCAAACUCUACUGUCAAAAUUUCAACCCUAAUUUCAAGGAGAGUGAAAUGAAUGUGAUUGCUGCUGACAUGUGCACAAAUGCGAGGCGUGUCCGCAAGCGAUGGUUGCCCAAGAUCAAGUCCAUGCUGCCUGAUGGCAUGGAGGUGUACCGUGCAGGAAUGGGCAUGGGUGCUGCUGUGGGUCUUGGCCUAGCACUGGGCGGCCCUCAACCGGGGGUGCCACUUCCGUUUGAGCCCGACUUCAAAGCCCUAGAGCAAAGGUUGUACCCAGACCGCAAAGACCCUCUCAGGACUCAUCCACCACUGACAGAGGGCAGCCCCGGGUCUGGGGCAGCCGGAGCAGAGGCUGAAGGUGAAGGUGAAGGAGUUGUCCAGGAGGAACAGGAGGAAGAUGAGGAUGAAGCUGCGUUAGAGGGUGUAGACGGAUCAUUGGGGGCGCCAACUUUGAUCCCAGGAGCCGAGGCAGGCAACUGUGGCGACACGCCGCCUGAGCAGGAGGUGGAAAGUUUUGGACAAGGUCUGAGGGUGAACGGACAGUGAAUGUCCCUCUGGGCUGCCUCUCACAUUGUGAAAUCUGUUUAACACCGCAUUUUCUUUUGCUUGCUCUCUUACUCUAACAUCUCAACCACCACUCUUUCUUCUCCUCUGUGCUUCCUCAACGGGAAUUAUUCGGCACAAAAAGCUGCGCUCGUAGAUCCUGCUAUACAGGAAUUUGUCACACAUGCAUGCGCACGCGUGUGCUCGUGUACACGUAAUACUUACUGAUAGUGGAAGUAGAUCACUCAUAGAAGCAGUAGACACAGGCAUGGCAUUAGCACAUUAAGAAUCAACCUUUUCCGCUCCACCCUUUCCUUAGUAUAUUCCGUAUUUACUCAGUAUUUCGGCACCCGCAGCAAUAUUACAAAGGCCUGGUAGCAGAGCAAAAGGCUGGAAUGAUUCAUCAUUUCGGUGCAACACAAAAGAAACAGCUGCUUCGCUGGCAGUUUAUGGAGUGCGGUUUAAUGGUUUAAAUGAUUCCGUUUUCUUGGAAUGCCACAUCUGAAAAUAACCCGCGUAACCUUGGGAAAAACAGAUAAGAGAAACAAGGCUCUCUUAAAAAGCAGCUUAUUUUUUUAUAUGAUCAAUAUGUACAAAUAUAACAAAGACUGUAUUAUAAUUAGAGGUCAAGCAGUGCAUUACUGCCAUUAAACCCAACAGUCUUCCUUUUUGUCAAAACAUCAUGUCAUUUUAGGAUAAAGACGAGGGAAAGUUUUUCUGUGAAAGCUGAAAAACUUCCCCACAGUCAAACGAAUAAUCUAUCACAUGGAGUUGUGUUUUCAUGCACAUUCGCCCGUGACGUAUUGGAUUAGACUGUCAAUGUGAUGCCUGUGUCUGCUCCAGACCGCCCACCCCUCCCAACCACACACACAGAUCCACACACGCAAACGUGCGCAUAUCUCUCACCUUAUGAUAUUUAAUAUCUGCACCGAUUGCAUUAAAAACACACUGUCUCAAAAAAAAAAAUGUAACAACGCUUUUUAACUUUGAGAAAUCCUUUUUUGAUUCCAUCAUUGUGUCUUGGAGAUGCAGAGAGAGACAUGAACAAGAACAUGCACUAAAACCCAAGCUUGCAUGCAUGAAUACAAACAAUGGAAGCAGAGAAUUAUUGAAAACAACAACAAAGCCACAAACUUGCAUCUAAAUAAGAAAACAGCUACUGUUGCCUCGAGAUAUGCCAUUAAAGGACUUUUUCCUUUUUUUUUUAUCUCUCACUGGGAUCUGACCUCAGUCUGACACAUGUUAGAACUGACCUGGGCGUGACCCAGGAUCGACUGUGUUUGACAGAGCACAGAUUGGAUUUUUCUUUUUUUUUUCUUUUUUAACUACGGAGCGUGCUGUCACCACGGAUAGAGGAGACUGAAUAUAUGGAGUAGUAAGAGGAAGUGCACUACACUGAGUGGUAGAGGAGAGAAGCACUGUUUCACCUUGAUGUGGUGGUGUGAUUGGCACCGAGACUACACAGUCCUGCUUCCAUCCUGUUUUUCUUUUUCCCUGGGGUGGGGGUGGG